GAUAUGUAAAAUAAAGAAGAAGAAAAAAAACUCCUCCCCUGUUUCCAUCGUCAUCAUCUUCACCUCCUGUGAGAGAGAGCAUAGGCGAAAUUAAGAAGAAAAGAAAUCCCUAAAACUGAAAAACAAAAAUAAGCCCUAAAUUUCUUCUUCAUAUUUAAGUCUUCGAUUCUCUCAUCGAAGGCCGACGAUAUUCAACAAUUCUUAGGGCUUAAUUAAUUAUUGGAACGGGUUCUUGAUAAUAAUCUAAGUACUGAACAAAAAACAAUGGGAAAUCGGGGCCAAAAGCGGGCAGAAAUGACUGAUGAAUUGCCAGCAGAUAAGAGAGCUUGUAGUUCACUGGAGUUUAGACCAAGUACGUCCAACUCCUCGAUUCAAACCCAAAUAAAUUCCCCAAAUUCGACUCCUGAAACCCAUAAUGCUGAAGCCCACGAAGCUGAUAUGGAUACUUCAUCCUCUGGUUCAGCUUCUAGCAGGUCAGAGGAGGAAGGGCAUGAGAGGGAUUCUGCUUAUGGCUCUUGUGAUUCUGAUGAUGCAGUACCAAGACACAGCAGUCUGCGAAGUUAUCAGAGGCAGAGAUCAUUUGCUGAUCAUGGCAGAUUGAGGAGUGCUUUGUCCAAUUUAAGUGAAGGGACUGAGUCUUCUGGGCAACUAGCUGCUCUUACAGAACUGUGUGAAGUUCUGUCAUUUUGUAAUGAGGAUUCUCUCUCAAGUAUGAUGGCAGACUCGUUAUCCCCAGUUCUUGUUCGGCUUGCAAGGCAAGAGAGCAACCCAGAUAUAACGCUGUUGGCUAUAAGGGCUUUAACUUAUAUGUGUGAUGUUUUUCCUCAAGCAUCUGGUUUUCUUGUUAGACAUGAUGCAAUUCCUGUUCUUUGUCAAAGAUUAAUGGCCAUUGAGUACUUAGAUGUAGCUGAACAGUGUUUGCAAGCAUUGGAGAAAAUAUCGCGGGAACAGCCACUUCCAUGCCUACAGGCAGGGGCUAUUAUGGCUGUUCUAAGUUUUAUUGACUUCUUCUCCACAAGCGUACAAAGAGUUGCUCUUUCAACAGUGGUCAACAUAUGUAAGAAACUACCGACAGAAUGCCCUUCUCCUUUCAUGGAGGCUGUUCCAAUAUUAUGCAAUCUUCUACAGUAUGAGGAUCGACAGCUCGUUGAGAAUGUAGUUAUUUGCUUGAUGAAAAUAGCAGAGCGAGUCAGUCAAUCUUCUGAGAUGCUGGAUGAACUAUGCAAGCAUGGAAUAAUUAAUCAAGCCACGCAUCUAAUACACCUGAAUAGCCGAACCACCUUAUCCCAACCAAUAUACAAUGGUCUUAUUGGGCUACUUGUCAGACUUUCUUCUGGUUCAAUUGUGGCUUUCAGGACUCUCUAUGAGCUCAAUAUAAGCAGCACUUUGAAGGACAUAUUAGCUGCUUAUGACAUCUCACAUGGAAUGUCUUCUCUCCCUUCGGUAGAUGGGCAGAGCAAUCAGGUACAUGAAGUUCUGAAAUUGCUAAAUGAACUUCUUCCUCCAGUAGCAAAGGAUCAAGAUGUUCAACAAGAAGUAUCAGAGAAAGAAUCUUUUUUAGUUAAUCAUCCUGAUCUUUUGCAUAAGUUUGGGUCUGAUAUACUGCCCAUGUUGAUCCAGGUGGUUAAUUCUGGUGCAAAUUUAUAUGUUUGCUAUGGCUGUGUAUCUGUUGUAAAAAAGUUGGUGUAUUUCAGCAAAUCUGACAUGCUUGUUGAAUUACUCAAGAAUGCAAACAUUCCAAGUUUUUUGGCUGGAGUUUUUACGCGGAAGGAUCACCAUGUGCUGAUAUUAGCCCUGCAAAUUGCUGAGAUAAUUUUGCAAAAACUUUCAGAUGUUUUCCUGAACACUUUCAUUAAGGAAGGUGUCUUUUUUGCCAUUGAUGCCCUUGUCAUCCCAGAAAAAUGUUCAUGUUCAAUGUUCCCAGUGUUUAAUGGAAUCCAGCUGCCAUCAGACACCAGUCAAAAGUCUGUUUCCAAGGUCGUCCUAAGAUGCUUAUGUUAUGCAUUUGAUACUGGUCUGUCUCCUAUAGCCUCAGUAUCAGGAACAUGCCAGCUUGAAAAGGAUAGCGUUCAAAGUCUUGCAAAGUAUAUAAAAGCCACAUACUUUGCUCCAGAAUUAUGCGACUCUGAGAAUGGGUUGACAGAUAUCCUUCAAAAUCUCAGAUCCAUUUCUGCUUCAUUGUGUGAUCUGAUGAAUAUUCCUGAAAGUGUUGAUGCCUCCACUCAAGAAGAAGAAAAGUUUUAUUGUAUAUUGCAUCAAAUUAUGGCAAAGCUUAAUGGAAGAGAACCUGUUUCUACUUUUGAAUUUAUUGAAAGUGGAAUUGUGAAGUCAUUGGUAAAUUACUUAUCCAAUGGUCAGUAUCUGAGUGAAAAGGUGAAGCUUCAUGAUAGGUCUGACCAUUAUAACAUCAUAGAAAAAAGAUUUCAGGUGUUUGCAAGGCUGUUUUCAUCUAAUUCAAGCCUUGCAGAAGAGUUACUGGUAUCACUUUUAGUAAGAAAAUUGCAAAGCGCGUUAUCUUCUUUGGAGAAUUUCCCUGUUAUUUUGGGCCAAUCAUACAAGCAAAGAAACUGGUUUGCUGCUGUUCCUAAUGGACGUUGCAUAUCUCACCCUUGUCUUAGAGUUCGUUUCAUGAGGGGAGAGGGGGAGACGUGUCUUUGUGACUACUCUGAUGAUGCUGUCACUGUCGACCCUUAUUCUUCUUUGGAUGCUGUUCAAGAAUUUUUGUUGCCUAAAGUUAGAAUAGUAAGAACCAAAGAAAGGGAAACAGCUUCUCAGGCCCCAAUGGAAAGUGUAAAAUUUCAAAUUACAUCAAACGUGAACCCAGGACAAGGUGAAAGUUCAGGUCCCAUGGAUCCUGACAGCAUGUCUAGUGAUUUGAUUGAGAUGCAGGAAGAUGAGGCUAACCUAUUGCAGACACCACUGGAACAAGCAGAAAAUUUACGACAGAUAAAUCCUGGCACGAUUACAUCUUCAAAUGAUUCUCGUAUUGCCUCCAUAGAGAAGUUAGUACAAUAUCCUUCUGGGGCAGACAUCAGUAGAAAAAGUCAGUGUCCUCCAUCCCCUAGCAAUGAAGAUGCUUCAUCAAAACUGGCAUUUUACCUAGAAGGACAAGAGUUGGAUCGGACUUUGACAUUGUAUCAGGCAAUUCUUCAACAGAAAAUUAAAGCAGAUCAUGAAAUUAAUAUGGGGGCAAGGCUAUGGAGUCAAGUAUACACACUGACUUAUAGAAUGGCUGUCGAACAUAAAGAUGAUAAUCCUCGAGAAUGCCAUAUUUCAGCUCAAAAUUCUUCUAUGUUGGAUAAGAUUGAGGCUUAUAUGCAGUAUACUUCAUUUUUCACCAGCAUAUUUAAUUGUGUACUUCCUUCUGACUUGGAUAAGUCAAGUCCUACUUAUGAUGUAUUGUUUCUGCUCAAAUGUUUGGAAGGUAUGAACAGAUUUGCACAUCAUCUAAUGUCUUGUGAAAGAGUACAUGCAUUUGCUGAAGGGCGAAUAGAUAACUUGGAUAAUUUAAAAGUAGUAGUUCAUUCAGUCUCGCAGAAUGAGUUUGUGAGCAGUAAGUUGACAGAAAAACUGGAGCAGCAGAUGCGGGAUUCUUUGGCUGUGUCCAUAGGGGGUAUGCCAGUGUGGUGUAAUCAACUUAUGGCUUCUUGCCCCUUUUUAUUUAGUUUUGAGGCAAGAUGUAAGUACUUCCGGUUGUCAGCAUUUGGACCUCAGCAAGUUCAACCACAGACACUAUCAAAUAAUAAUUCAGGAGUUUCAAGAGACAGGCGGUCAAGUUCAGGUAGUUUGCCCCGUAAGAAGUUUGUAGUUUGGCGUGAUCGGAUACUGGAGUCUGCAGCCCAAAUGAUGGACCUUUUUGUGCGUGUUAAAGUGCCCAUUGAAGUGGUGUAUAAUGAAGAAGUUGGUAGUGGCCUAGGUCCCACAUUGGAAUUUUAUACACUGGUCUGUCACGAGUUUCAGAAGUCUGGCCUUGGCAUGUGGAGAGAGGAUCAUAGUUCAUUUGUGGCCAGGGAAGGAUCACAGACUGAGGAUUCAGGAAUUUUGAUGUCUCCUUUUGGCCUUUUCCCUCGUCCAUGGCUGUCCAGUUUGGAUUCAUCCAAUGGGAUACAGUUUUCUGAAGUCAUUAAAAAGUUUGUCCUCUUGGGGGAAGUUGUAGCAAAGGCUCUUCAAGAUGGAAGGGUCUUGGAUCUGCCAUUCUCCAAAUCUUUCUAUAAGCUCAUUCUUCAGCAGGAACUUAAUCUGUACGACAUUCAGUCCAUUGAUCCUGGGCUGGGCAGAACACUGUUAGAGUUCCAUGCUUUGGUUAAUCGGAGAAAAUUUAUGAAAUCAGCUUUAAUAGAAAACUCGUGUUCAAUUUCUGAUGCAUGCUAUAGGAAUACCGGAAUUGAGGAUCUUGCUCUUGACUUUACUGUUCCUGGAUAUCCUGAUUAUAUUCUUCACCAAGAUCACAAAUUGGUAAAUAUGGAUAACUUGGAGGAGUAUGUUUCUCUUGUUGUGGACGCUACCAUACAUGCUGGAAUUGCCAGACAAGUUGAAGCUUUCAAAUCUGGAUUUAAUCAGGUUUUUCCAAUCAAGCAUCUUCAGAUUUUCAAUGAGGAGGAACUAGAGCGAUUGCUAUGUGGAGAAUGUGAUUUUUGGGCUUUUAAUGAGCUUUUGGAUCAUAUCAAAUUUGAUCAUGGAUACACUGCUAGCAGUCCUCCAAUCACUAAUUUACUGGAAAUUAUGCAAGAGUUUAAUCAAGAACAGCGGCGAGCAUUUCUGCAGUUUGUAACCGGGGCACCUCGGCUUCCUCCAGGAGGUUUGGCAUCUUUGAAUCCAAAAUUGACAAUUGUCCGGAAGCAUUGUAGCAACUGCGCAGAUGCAGAUCUACCCAGUGUAAUGACAUGCGCCAAUUACCUUAAGUUGCCACCUUACUCUUCAAAGGACAAGAUGAAAGAGAAGCUUUUGUAUGCCAUAACAGAAGGACAAGGCUCAUUCCAUCUUUCGUAGCUUCACUGCUACAUAGAUUGUGAAUUUGUAAUUAUUAGGUAGGCACUUUUUGUACAGGGAAACGAAUGAAUGAAUGCCUGGUGAGAGGUGACAGUGGUGGAAAUGGGGAGCUGAUUGUUAAGGAGCAAGAGGAAGCUCCUCGUCUUCAGCGGGAUCGUGUAUGUAUGGUUUGGAUGCAGUUAGUUGAUUUACAGAAGUAGGGAAGUUGUACAGGAACAGAAGAAGGGGAUUGCAAUUGGAUGGACAGGCUUUCCAACAUUUCUUGGACAAAUCAGUGUACAGAUAGAUAUCUUUACCAAGGGAAUUAGUUGCUCUUAUUUCAUUGCAA